CGCGCACCCGAGCGAGCUGCAUACAUCGCCAUUGUUUUGUUAGUAGCUCGGUAUUACUUUCAGGGCUAGCGUGUCUUACUUGGAAUGUUUUAAUUUCACAAUUAAAAUGGUGCGUACGACAUGUGCUGUGCGAGAAUGCAAGUCGUCGGCUUACACAAAUAAAAAACUACGAUUUCAUCAAUUUCCACACUCAAUAGAAAGAUGCAAACUGUGGGCGCGAGCUUGCAGCAGACCAGAUUUAGUUGGACGAUCGUUUGAGAGUCUGAAGAAUACAUACAUUUGCAGUCUGCAUUUCGAAAAGCGCAUGUACGGGAGGAAAUCACUUAAGAAAACGGCUACACCUACUUUACUUUUGCCAAGUGAAGACUCGAUCCAUACAGAGAUUGUUCCUAAAGUCUUAAAUGAUGUGAACGAGCCGAACGUGCAACCUUUGCCUGGCCCGAGUAGAAUUCCGACUACGCAAACCUCAGAUACCAACAAGCAAUGUCGCUUCUGCGGCUACUUCACCAAAUGCGUCCUCAUUUCCAACAAGCCAUAUAUCUCCAACAACACAACACUGGCCUUCAACGACGUCACCGUACAACUAGACUUCAGCGACCAAACAUUACCUAAGACCGUCUGCCAAGGCUGCGACGCGAAACUAACAGAGAUGUACGAUUUUGUAAAAGCCGUCAAAGCGGCUCAGGAAUCCCUGAUCAAUGUUGCAGAACCAAGACAAGUUUAUGUUGAAAUAGAUCCUAGAAAAGAUUAUGAAACAUUCGUUGUUAAAACUGAAUAUGAUGAUGAUGAAAAAGAUGAAGAUGAUGGUAAUGAUGAGAGUAAAGAUGGAAUAGUAGAUUCGUUGACAAUUGGUGAAACUAUAUUUAUCAAAGAAGAGGUAAAUCGAAAAAGGAAAAGUAAAACAGCUGGUCCUAAAAAGCAGAAGAAAGCUAAAGUGACUGAAGUUAAAGUUAAAAGUGAGAAUGAAGACGAGUUGAUAAUGGAUAUAAAAGAAGAAGUUAUUGAGAGAGACGCAAUUGAUCUUGAAAGUGAUACAGGAUGUUUUGUUAGGGAUACAGGAUGCUCUGUUAGUGGUACAGGAACGGAUGCUAAACCCAGGGAAGUGGAACUUGCAACAAGUGCUUUAGUUUUUGGAAUGAGAAGUGAUGGUAGUGGGUACGGAUAUAGUUAGGGAAAAAGAUGAAGUGGAUUUUUAAACAAUACCUAUAGGUAUUUUAGAAAUACCUAAUAGAGAAUGUGUAAAUUAAUGAGAUGAGAAAAUCGAAAAUAUUAAACACUAAGUAAUAAAA